GCGCGCUCUCCCGGGCUCACACACAGCCGCGCACGCACGCCCGGGGCCGCUCUCCGCGCCGGCCCUCGCUCCCCGCGCCCAUGCGGACGGACAGAGCGACGGAAGAUGGCUGACGACUCCACGGGGCCCCGAGGAUGCGGCCCGGCGGCGGCGGCGGCGGGAGCGGCAGCGGCAGCGAGGGCGGCAGGGGCAGCGGCAGCAGCGGCGGCGUUGGCUGCGGCGGCGGCGGCGGCGGCAGCAGGAGCCGGAGCGGCGGCGGCGGCAUCCCCGAGACUCUUCGAACUACCCUUCCCCGUGACAGCCACUGACGUCCUCCGCCGCUAGAAGAGACCCCGCUUCUCGGCGCCCGCCCGCCCUCCCCCUUCGCGGCCCGGCCCGGCCCCGCCAGCACCGCUACCUCCGCCAGCCUCGCCACCAUCAGCACCACCUCCACCGCCGCCGCCGCCGCCGCCACCACCACCACCGCCGGCGGCGGCAGCAGCCAUUUCAUCUCCACAGAAACCAGACACAAAAACAUGGCAGAAAUGGAGAAAGAAGGGAGACCUCCGGAAAAUAAACGGAGCAGGAAGCCGGCUCACCCAGUGAAAAGGGAGAUCAAUGAGGAGAUGAAGAACUUUGCAGAAAACACCAUGAAUGAACUCCUUGGCUGGUAUGGCUAUGAUAAGGUUGAAUUAAAAGAUGGUGAAGAUAUUGAAUUCAGGAGCUACCCUACAGAUGGGGAGAGCCGGCAGCACAUUUCUGUUCUCAAAGAAAAUUCUUUGCCAAAACCAAAAUUACCCGAGGACAGUGUUAUUUCACCAUACAAUAUAAACACAGGCUAUUCAGGGCUUGCCACUGGAAAUGGACUCAGUGACUCACCUGCAGGGUCAAAGGAUCAUGGCAAUGUGCCCAUUAUUGUACCUUUAAUUCCACCACCUUUCAUAAAGCCACCAGCAGAAGAUGAUGUGUCAAAUGUACAAAUAAUGUGUGCCUGGUGCCAGAAAGUGGGAAUCAAGCGCUAUUCCCUGAGUAUGGGAAGUGAGGUGAAAAGCUUCUGCAGCGAGAAGUGCUUUGCGGCCUGCCGACGAGCCUACUUCAAGAGAAAUAAGGCUAGAGAUGAAGAUGGACAUGCUGAAAAUUUUCCCCAGCAGCACUAUGCUAAGGAAACUCCAAGGCUUGCCUUCAAGAAUAACUGCGAACUACUUGUAUGUGACUGGUGUAAGCACAUAAGACACACAAAAGAAUACCUGGAUUUUGGGGACGGGGAAAGAAGGCUUCAGUUCUGCAGUGCAAAAUGUCUCAAUCAAUACAAAAUGGACAUUUUCUACAAAGAGACGCAGGCCAAUCUUCCAGCUGGGCUAUGCAGCACAUUACACCCUCCCAUGGAAAAUAAAGCAGAAGGCACCGGGGUGCAGCUGCUCACUCCAGACUCUUGGAAUAUCCCGCUAACAGAUGCUCGGAGGAAGGCCCCCUCCCCGGUGGCUACAGCUGGCCAAAGCCAGGGCCCUGGCCCGUCGGCAUCCACCACCGUCUCUCCAUCUGACACUGCCAACUGCUCUGUCACUAAAAUCCCCACACCAGUGCCCAAGCCCAUCCCCAUCAGCGAGACUCCAAAUAUCCCUCCUGUCUCCGUCCAGCCACCUGCUAGCAUCGGGCCUCCCCUUGGCGUCCCGCCUCGCAGCCCUCCCAUGGUGAUGACCAACCGCGGCCCAGUGCCGCUGCCCAUCUUCAUGGAGCAGCAGAUCAUGCAGCAGAUACGCCCACCCUUCAUCCGCGGGCCUCCGCACCAUGCCUCCAACCCCAACAGUCCCCUGUCCAACCCCAUGCUUCCCGGUAUCGGGCCCCCGCCCGGAGGCCCCAGGAACCUGGGCCCCACUUCCAGCCCCAUGCAUCGGCCCAUGCUAUCGCCCCACAUCCACCCCCCGAGCACCCCCACCAUGCCCGGGAACCCCCCAGGCCUGCUGCCCCCGCCGCCCCCGGGCGCCCCGCUGCCGAGUCUUCCCUUCCCGCCGGUGAGCAUGAUGCCAAAUGGUCCGAUGCCGGUGCCCCAGAUGAUGAAUUUCGGGUUGCCGUCGCUCGCCCCGCUGGUGCCGCCCCCGACCCUGCUCGUGCCAUACCCCGUGAUCGUGCCCCUACCGGUGCCCAUCCCCAUCCCCAUCCCUAUCCCUCACGUCAACGACUCCAAGCCCCCCAACGGGUUCUCCAGCAACGGGGAGAACUUCAUUCCGAGCGCCCCUGGCGACUCCGCGGCGGCGGGCGGCAAGCCAGGCGGACACUCCCUGUCCCCGCGGGACUCCAAGCAGGGCUCGUCCAAGUCUGCGGACUCACCCCCUGGCUGCUCGGGCCAGGCCCUGAGCCUGGCACCCACGCCCGCCGAGCACGGCCGGAGCGAGGUGGUGGACCUGACGCGGCGAGCCGGCAGCCCCGCGGGCCCCCCGGGCGCGGGCGGCCAGCUCGGCUUCCCAGGCGUGCUGCAGGGCCCGCAGGACGGCGUCAUCGACCUGACCGUGGGCCACCGGGCCCGGCUGCACAACGUGAUCCACCGCGCGCUGCACGCGCACGUCAAGGCGGAGCGCGAGCCGGGCGCCGCGGAGCGCAGGACCUGCGGCGGCUGCAGGGACGGCCACUGCAGCCCGCCCGCCGCCGGCGACCCGGGCCCGGGCGCCCCGGCGGGCCCCGAGGCGGCUGCGGCCUGCAACGUCAUCGUGAACGGCACGCGCAGCGCCACCACCGAGGGCGCUAAGAGCGCGGAGCCGCCUCCCGAGCAGCCGCCACCGCCACCGCCGCCCGCGCCCCCCAAGAAGCUGCUGUCGCCUGAGGAGCCGGUGGUGAGCGAGCUAGAGUCGGUCAAGGAGAACAACUGUGCUUCCAACUGCCACCUGGACGGGGAGGCGGCCAAAAAACUGAUGGGCGAGGAGGCCCUGGCGGGGGGCGACAAGUCAGACCCGAACCUUAAUAACCCCGCGGACGAGGACCAUGCCUAUGCUCUGCGGAUGCUGCCCAAGACCGGCUGCGUGAUCCAGCCUGUGCCAAAACCCGCGGAGAAGGCUGCUAUGGCGCCGUGCAUCAUUUCCUCGCCCAUGCUCAGCGCCGGGCCUGAGGACCUGGAGCCGCCGCUCAAAAGGAGGUGCCUCCGAAUUAGAAAUCAGAAUAAGUAAAAGGAAUGCUCACUCACAGGGUACGCUCACGGAGAGAGGGCACAGAGCAAACCAUGUCACGCCAUCCAAUGACACCAGCUGGUCAGCUCACCACCCCCUCUGGCUCAAAUUCAAGCAAAUAAAGCCGCUUCCUGUCAUUAAGCAUCUCAGAGGAAGCAGCCCUCCCUCGAUGGCCUCUAGCCCAGAGAAGCCCGCGCGUCUUGGACCCACCAGGCAGGCCCAGCCUUCCUGCUGCCACCAUCUCUGCUUCUCCCCAGAGGAACUUAGGGAUUUCAUCCCUGGCUUUUAAAAAAAAUGAAAUACCAACAAGCCACAAGGACCAAUGUAGGUAUUCUCCCCGCCCCGUCUUCAAGGCUCAGCGGCUGAGGCUGGAAGAUGAUAUGGAUUGGAACACAAAAAAUCUUUUUUUAAUCUUUUUAAAAACUGCUGUGGUUUUGCUGCUACACUAAGAAUUGUGAUUUGCAUUGUACGGUUUUGGACCUAUACUGUUCACGUUUUGAUGGCGGAGAGGGGUGGUCCUGGAGGCCCAACGCUUCAGAGUCAUCUCUGUCCUGCCCGGGAUGCACUUUUAAAUGAAGAGUUAGAAUAUUUUAUUGGCUAAUAUACCUUUCUUGUUAUUUUUA